AUGCCAGAUACUGAAGAACAUCAAGAUAAACACGUUGAAGAUAUUCUUUCACAUACCGAAGAUGAAGAUGAGGAAGAAGAAGAUGAUGAUGGAAUUGAAGAACAACCAAUUGGAAACCCACCAACAAUGCAAUAUCCAGGAAAUGUUAUUCCUGAUAAUAAUAUUGAAGAAAUUGAAGCAGAUCAAGAUUUAACUGCAGAUAUUGAAUUAGAUACUGAUUAUAUUGAUUUAGUACAUUUAAAAAUUUCAUCACUUGAAGAUUUACACUUGGAAAGAUUUAAGAAUUUACAAUCAUUAUGUUUAAGACAAAAUUUGAUUACUUCAAUUGUUGCUGUUAAAGAAAUUAGUGAUAAAUUGGAAGAAUUGGAUUUAUAUGACAAUAGAAUUAAUCAUAUUUCAAGUUCAAUUGGUCAUUUGGUUAAUUUGAAAACAUUGGAUUUUUCAUUUAAUAGAAUUAAAAAUAUUAAAAAUAUUGAAAAUUUGAUUAAUAUUGAACAACUUUUCUUUGUUCAAAAUAAAAUUAAAGAAAUUAAAAAUAUUGAAAAUUUAACUAAACUUCGUAUGCUUGAAUUAGGAGCUAAUAAAAUUGAAAGAAUUGAAAAUUUAGAACCGUUUAUUAAUUUACAAUCUUUAUUCCUUGGUAGUAAUAGAAUUCUGAAACUUGAAGGAUUAGAUACUUUAGUUAAUUUAAAAGUUUUAUCAAUUCAAUCUAAUGGAAUUUCCAAAAUUGAAAAUUUAGACAAGUUGAAAAAUUUAGAAGAACUUUAUUUAACAAGUAAUAGACUUAGUGAAAUUGAAGGAUUAGAAAAUCUUGAAAAUUUACAAAUUUUAGAUUUAAGUCAUAAUAAAAUUUCCAAAUUGGAUAAUUUAGGACAUCUUCAAAAAUUAGAAGAUUUAUGGAUUUCUUCAAAUUUGAUUGAUUCUUUUAAUGAAGUUGAUAAACUUUCAAAAUUGGAAUCGUUAGAAACGGUUUAUUUAGAACAUAAUCCAAUUCAACUUAAAAAUGCUACUUCAUAUAGAAGAAAAGUGAAACUAGCAUUACCAAAUCUUAAAAAACUUGAUGCUACAUAUUUUUCAUAA